AUGGAUAGAGACACUAAACUGGCAUUCAGGCUGAGGGGUAGUCAUUCAAGAAAGACAGACGAUAUCGAUGAUGGUGUUAUUGUAUUUAGAACUCCCAAUGCGUUUUACGGGGAGGGGGUUUCGCCCGUUCAAUCUCCUGUUCAUCCUAUGUUGUCCUCUCCAAGACGUGCAAACUCUUUUGAAUUUCCAAUUGAUGCCGGUGACGUAAAUGCGCAGGAUCGCUAUGAACAAGAAGACCAACCCGUAGAUGCUGAAGAUUAUCCCAUGGAUGAAGUUGAAAACGACAGUCCCGCGAACGAACCGCUACAGGAUGUAAGAAAUGAUGAAGAGCUUACUACACGAUAUAAUUUCAAUGAUAUACCCAUUAGACAGUUAUCAUCUUCCAUCACUUCUGUCACCACAAUCGAUGUUUUGUCUUCUUUGUUUAUUAAUUUAUUUGAAAACGAUUUGAUUCCGCAAGCCUUGAAGGAUUUCAAUAAAAGUAAUGACGAUCACUUCAGGAAAUUAUUGUACAAAUUAGAUCUCCGCCUUUUUCAAACGAUAUCGGAUCAGAUGACUAGAGAUUUGAAAGACAUAUUGGAUAUUAAUGUAUCAAAUAACGAGCUUUGCUACCAACUAAAGCAGGUACUUACUCGAAGGGAAGAUUUGAACCAGCAGAUAAUAUCGGUACGGGACGAAAUUCAAGAAUUGAAAGCCGGUAAGGACUGGCACGAUUUACAAAUUGAACAAUCGAAGCUGAACGAUAAAGUGAAAUUGAAUAAAAAGCUGAAUGAUUUGACGUCUACCUUGCUGGGUAAAUCUCACGCAGGCGGCAGUACGAUGAGUCAAGGGGACGAAGAGAAUUCAAUACGGGAUGAUUCGAAUAUGCUGGAUAUCGCACAUUUCGCUAACUUAGUGGAUCCAUAUAACGGGCUUCUCAACAAAAUUAAUAAAAUAAAUGAAAAACUCUCCAACGAAUUACAAUUAGGUCCAUAA